AGCAAUGCCCUCACGCUUUCAGGGCGUGGUGGUAAACAAAAGAACAGGAUCCACACAGAAACCAGUUCCUUUUAAACAGGAAAUCCCAGGCAGAAGGAUUUGUAGUGUGCGCGCCUGUAAAAGAAACAGAGAGGAUUAGCUUUUAAGAAGACUACAACAAAGAAUUGGAAAGGAAAGCCUUUUUUUUAAAAGCAAAGAGAGAGAGAGUGUGCAAAACUGGUUCCAAGUUGCAUUCUUCUUUACCAAUUUCAUUAGUUGUAGCGUUCCCUGGAGGAAGGGAGAGAGAGGGAGGGGAACAGAGAGGAAACUUUGACUGAGAUACCGGGUGAUACAGUGCUGCAUGAGCUAGGUAGACCACAGCGGGGAAAGAGGGUAUGAACGGGGUGCAGGACGAGCCCUCCGGGAGCCUGGUCUCUGGCAUCGAGGGGCUCCCCCCGUUGCCCAAGGGUCUGAGCGGGAUCCUCAAUUCCAGCGGGGGGUCGUGGAGGGACGUGGAGAGGCUGUACGCCAAGAAGACCAUGAUCCAGGACGAGCUGAGCCGGCCCCGCCUGGCCACCGACAAGUUACUGAGGAACAAGCCGGCCAAUCUGGACGCGGCCCUGGCUUUGUUACGGAAGGAGAUGGUGGGCCUGCGACAGCUCGACAUGUCCCUCCUCUGCCAACUGUGGUCGCUGCACGAGUCCAUUCAGGAAUACAAGGGUCUGUACCAGGACCUGACCUCAUCCAUGCACUCCUACGUCUCGGAAAAUGCUGAUUACGAUGACGACGAUGAGUAUGAGGCCGAGCAGGAUUGCUCAGAUCGCUGCAAGGACGAGGCAGUGCACAAGAGCCUAAAAGUGCCCCAGACGCAGAACUCGCGAGACAAGUGGUUGCAAGAUUCCUUCCACAUUACGAUAUAAACAGCAGACACUUUCGGUAACACUGCUCCCUGGUUCUGCUUUUUCUUUUGUAAAAAUAUUCAUUCCCGGGAUAUGCGGUUCACCGGCAAGGUCAACAGUUUAUUGCCGUCCUGUGUGGAAGUGGCAGUGAGCUGAGAGACCGGGCUCUGUUAAGUAAGGUCAGCAGAUUUCUUCUGUGGUGGGGAUGUCAGGGGGACUUGGAGUGGCCUCACGACUUCACAAAUCCUUGAGUGGGGCAGGUAGGGUUAGGGAUGAGAGGGAGGGAUUGGUAAAGUGGAGGAAGGAGGUGGAGAGAGCAGGCAGGAAUGUCGUAUCUGGUCACUAUCGGAGCUGACCCCAUUGAUUGGCUGCACGGCCCCAUGCCAAUCAUGGCUUCCUUGUGCAUCACGAAUUCAGACUGACAAACUCACAUUGGCCUUGACUCUCCUGUUGGCUCAAUCUGCUGCUCAGGAAAUUUUCGCAAAAGAUUGUUUCUUCAUUCUGAUGCUGUCUGCCAUAGACUGUUUGUUUUUUUUUUAAUAUCUGCAGUCAUACCGAAAUCAGGGCAAACUGUCUCCGUUCAGAAUCAGGUUUCAAACUCCAGCGAGAGUCAGUGUGUGUGGGUGUCUGUACCCCAGUGAGAAUCCGUGUGUGCGUGUGUGUGUGAGAGAUCCCAUACCCCAGUGAAAGUCUGUGUGUAUGUGUGGGAGUCUGUACCCCAGUGAGAAUCCGUGUGUGUGUGAGCUGUACCCCAGUGAGAGUCUGUGUGUGUGUGUGUGAGAGAGAGAGAGAGAGAGAGCUGUAACCCAGUGAGUGUGUGUGUGUGUGUGUGUUUGUGUGGAACUUGUAUCCAAGUAGGAGUCAGUAUGUGAUCCAGGAUUUCUGUCCUGUUCAUCUCUUGUAGCUGGCAAUAUAAUUUGCUGACAUCGAAAUUGAGAUGUUUUUCACUUUGAAACAAAACUCACGUUCAUGUUAUAUAGUUAGAAUUCGGAAAUCCAUGUUGGAAGACAGGAGCUUUUGUAUAAUUUAUAUUUAGCAUUGCUUUAUUUUUCAGUUUAGUAGCAAGAUACAUUAAGUUAUACAGUAUAUGAUUUUAUCACAUGACAUGUAACCAUUAAUUAUAAAUAAAUGAAUUUGACUUA